UGGGGGUGGUUCUGAGAUGGCACCGCUCGCACAAGAGGACGGCGAUCUCGCAACGUUUCGGCUCCGUGUUCGCUGUGCUCUUCAAUUGCGAUGAUCGCUCUCUCAUUGUUUGUUACCUCGUUCCCUGCGAAGGCUUACAAGAAGGCUCCGGACAGCGUGGGAGACCCUGACAGUAUGAGGGAGCAUCGAGUUCAGCGCGCGUUCGAGUGUAAGCAUCUUCUGUCCCCCAGAGAUGUCACAUGCAUCAGGUCAUGGUACAAAGACGUCGAUGCCCAGGAAAUCUCAACGGCACAUAUCCUUGACAAUUAAUUGCACGAGACCUAGCACAUUACCAGUCGCGUGGAAAUAUUUGUUUGGUCCCGCUCGCCUCAGGCAGUUCCUCUCUUUGUCUCUCUCUCUCUCUCUCUAUCUCGGGAACGUCGCAGAGGGGGGAUGAGGAUUAGGGGUGUGUGUGUGUGUGGAUACAAUGGCCAGGGCCAUGACACCGCUCAAAUUCCAUGGCCCCUUUUCCUUUCAAUGCGCCCCCUGGCCUCCCCCUCGUCCGCGCAUAUGCUUCGGGCCAUGAUGCGCUAACCCUCCACUUCUUGGCCCCUUUUCGGCGCACUCGGCUCUUGAUCGGAACACCGCGACAGACACGACGACGACAGGUUUUGAUCGCCAGCGUUCCUCCAUCUACCAACCAGCCUGCAUGACUGCGAACAUAUUUGUCUCAAGCGGCGCCCCCUCUGGGUUCCGCCAUGGCCUCUGGCCUAGAUGGGUCGGGCCUAGCAGAAGCACUCGGUGAUAUGAACCCAUUCCAGGCACCAGCUCGAGCGAUCCAGGAGUUCUUUGGCGAAGGAGACGCCAACAAUGAUCCCAUCCUGGACAUGGCGCAUCGUGACCCUGCCAUGGCGUCACGUUUCCUCAAGGCGACUAUGCUGAUGGGAGGUCUGACCAGCGCGUUCGCAUUUGUUGUUUCUGUGGUGAUGCUCUGCAUGUACUGGGUGCCGUGGGGUCACUGCGACCGGCCGCUCCGCUGGUGGCUGCUCCUGAACUGUUUGAUGCAGUCACUCCAGGUGCCCCUCCGGCUCGUCUGCUUCGAGAGUUUACGGAUCGCCGAACUGGCUCAGCGGGAUAUAUCUGGAGCCAUUAACGAUCUGGCGGGUUCAGCGUCGUGGCAGUUCAGCAAGCUGACGUCGCUGUUGACGUAUUUCUGGCUCAUCCUGGGCGUUGUUUGGAUCAUCAAUGCAGAUGGUUGUAGUGAAUGCCCUUAUUUGCUCAUCACAACCGCAUCUAUGCUUGGAAUGUCUUCUCUGCGGAUUUUUACCGCAUUCGCUGGCUUCCGUGCCUUCUUCACAUAUGAUGCUGCAGGCGGCGGCGAAGCUCCCAAGGUGGCGCCUGCUCAACCAGCCCAGAUCCGCGCCCUCAAGCUGAUACGAUUCAUAAAGGACGGCCAGGUUGAAAGCAGCCAGCAAGGCCCAACUUGUGCUGUGUGCCUGGCCGAGUAUUGUGACAGGGACGAGUUACGUGAGCUACCAUGUGGACAUCGUUUCCAUAAAAACUGCGCAGACACGUGGCUUGCGAAGAGCAAGCGGUGUCCGCUGUGCAUGGGAGCUAUUGAUGCAGUCAAGUAUCGUGUCUGGUGCCCUUGCCACAAGCGCAAGUCCUACCACGGCCACCGCGAUUGAUCACCAGAACUGAGCCGCGCUCUCAGGGUUCGUGGCGUGCCAGAAGAGUAGAAAAAUGGGAUGGGACCGUGAGUGUGUACCAAACGCAUGUGUGUACACAUAGAUGCGUAUACGCCUACGUGUAUACGUAUAUGUAAUGAAUGAUCUGUUCUUCGAAUACGUAUGCAGAGAUAAUAUUUAUGCCUUUAUAUGUUUGCUUGUUUGUAGGUACGCAUGUAUAUGCGCAUCUGUGAAUAUCUACAUGCAAGUCGACGAGCACCAUCAUAUGUUGCCACUUAUGUUGCUGUAGGGCUAGUGGCAUUGAGGUGCUCGGAGCGCCGCCCGAGCGCAAGUUAAUAGUGCAGCAGUUGUGUUCUGAUAGUUGCCGUUGCUCCUUGACGUCUCACCUAGGUUCGACAUUUGCGCCCCAGAGAGGAACGGUUCUUCCAUCUGUGUGGUGCUACAUUUGGUCA